AUGGCACCAUCAGCAACAAACGAAAAUGGACACUCGAAUGGUACGGCGAAGCUCGACUUCACCACUUUCUCCAAUACCAUCAACGGGAAGCUCGUCCCCGCAUCCGACGGUGCCACUCGCCACGGCAUCAAUCCCGCAACCAAGAAGGCCAAUCCUCCAGUUCCCGUUGCAACAAAGAAAGAUCUCGAUGCUGCUGUUGAAGCAGGAAGAGCGGCCUUCAAGAAAUGGGCGAAGACGAGUGUACAGGAGAGGAGGGAGGCACUAGUGAAGUUUGCAGAUGCAUUGGGCAGUCUCCAGGAAGAGUUUGCCCAAUUGCUGACCAUGGAACAAGGAAAGCCUCUCAUGUUCGCUCGUCAAGAAGUACAGAGUGGGCCGGCGUGGAUCAAAGGAAUUGGAAACUUAGACAUACCAGAAGAAGUGGUCGAAGACAACGAAGAUCGCAAGGUCAUUACUCGUUAUACGCCACUUGGUGUCGUGGGGGCCAUUGUCCCAUGGAACUUCCCCGUUCAACUUGCAUGUGGAAAAAUUACCCCGGCAGUCCUCACAGGCAACGUGAUUAUUGUGAAGCCUUCGCCCUUCACACCAUACUGUGACCUCAAGAUUGGUGAACUCGCACAACAAUUCUUUCCACCCGGCGUGGUUCAGGUUCUGAGCGGAGACGACAAUCUUGGUCCAUGGAUCACAUCCCACCCCGGUAUUGACAAGAUCAGCUUUACUGGCUCGACCGUGACAGGAAAGAAAGUGAUGGAAAGCGCGAGCAAGACAUUGAAGCGAGUGACUCUUGAACUAGGAGGAAAUGACCCCGCCAUUAUCUGCAAGUCGGUCAACAUCGCCACCGUCGCCCCCAAGAUCGCAACUCUGGCAUUCCUGAACUCAGGACAGAUCUGCCUUUGUGUCAAGCGCAUCUAUAUCCACAAAGACAUCUACAACGAGUUCCGAGACGCCAUGGUUGAACACACCAAGACUUUCAAGGUUGGAAAUGGAACCGAAGAUGGUGUCUUCCUUGGACCUGUCCAGAACUCGAUGCAAUAUGAAAAGGUCAAGGGAUUCUUUGAUGAUGUGGAGAAAAACGGUAUGAAGAUGGCGGUCGGAGGCAAGGUGUCUGAGACUGGCGGAUACUUCAUCAAUCCCACCAUUAUUGACAAUCCGAAAGAGGACUCCAAAAUUGUACAAGAGGAGCCUUUUGGACCCAUCGUCCCCAUCAUGACAUGGUCCGACGAAGACGAUGUGGUUGCCCGCGCCAACGACACACAAAUGGGACUUGGUGCAUCUGUCUGGUCAUCCGACUUGGACGAAGCGGCUCGGAUCGCUAAGCAGUUGGAAGCUGGAAGUGUCUGGGUCAACGCUCACAUCGAGGUAUCUCCACUUGUGCCAUUUGGAGGACACAAGCAGAGUGGAAUUGGAAGCGAGUGGGGAUCCAGCGGAUUGAAACACUUCUGCAACUCACAAUCUUUGUUUUUGAAGAAGAAGGCUUGA